UGUAACAUGUCUCGUCUAAUUUAUUUUUUUACCUUAAUAAUACAUUUUUACGAUGUGAAUACAGCGAAUAUUCUUGGUUUAUUUACACAUACGGGCAAGAGUCAUCACAUGGUUUUCGAACCUCUUUUACUGAAGCUUGCAGAGAGAGGGCAUAAUUUGACAGUUGCAUCAUUUUUCCCGGCAAGUAAUCCACCCCCUAAUUAUAAUGAAAUCAGCUUUCAAGGUUUACAUGAAUUAGGACUUGAAUCGUUCGAUUUAAAUGCCUACGAAAACUCAAAAAUUUUCAAGAGAAUUCCAAGAAUAGGGAGCAUAGCAUCGCAACUGUUACAAUUUCGACCCUUUGCAAUUGCAUCUUUGAGCAUAUGUGAAAAACUUACUAAUUUUAAGCCGUUAUUGGAAGCUUUGAAAGGAGAUUACGAUGUUGUGUUAUUAGAAAAUUUCACAAGUGACUGUAUGUUAGGUCUUAUUUACGCCUAUGGAAUAAAUGCGCCGAUUGUAUACAUUAUGUCAGGAACUCCCAUGCCUUGGUCGUCGGAACGAAUUGGUGCUAACGAUAACCCAUCUUAUGUGCCUUUAAUCACAGCACCUUUUUCGUCUCGAAUGUCGUUAAUGGAUCGAUUAGAAAAUACAUUAAUAAAUAUUAUAUUAAAGGAAUGGUAUUAUAACGAGAUACAGACUAAAGAAAGGUAUAUAUUAGAAAAAAAGUUUGGUAAAAUUCAAGACUUGCGUGAACUUGGUAAAAAUGUUUCCUUGAUGCUUACGAAUUCUUACCACACUCUCAAUGGAGUAAAGCCUCUUGUGCCCGGUAUGGUAGAAGUUGGAGGAUUGCACUUGACUUCCAAGAGAGAACCCCUGCCACAGUUCAUAGAAAAAUUCCUUAACGAUUCAAGUGAUGACGGUGUCAUACUCUUUAGCUUCGGGUCGCUUGUAAAAACGAAGUCAUUGCCGAAGUACAAAGAACAAAUUUUUAUUAACGCACUUUCUAAAUUGAAACAGAGAGUUAUUUGGAAGUUUGAGGACAGCGAUGAAGAGGGAACUCUUGCGGGUAACAUUCUUAAAGUAAAAUGGUUACCACAAUACGACUUACUACGUCACGAAAAAAUCAUUGCAUUUAUAUGCCAUGGAGGAUUGCUUGGUAUGACUGAGGCGAUGGCUGCAGGAAAACCUAUGAUAAUAGUUCCGAUAUUCGGAGACCAACUCUCCAACGCGGCUGCCGCUGCCGAAGCAGGAGUUGGCAUCGUGUUGCCUUAUGACGACCUUAAAGAGGACAUUUUGAGCAAUGCUCUUCAGACAGUAAUCAGUGAUAAAAUGCGAACACAUACACGUCUCGUGUCAAAAAUUUGGCAUGAUCGAGACAUGUCGCCUUUGGAUAAAGCUGUGUUCUGGACGGAGCAUGUGAUUCGGUGGGGUAUGUCGACCCACCUUCACUCUACAGCGAGAAACCUCACGUUCUACCAACUAACUCUACUUGACGUCGCUGCCAUAAUUAUCUUUACCAUUAGUUUAUUAAUUAUUAUGAUUGUUUACUUGAUAUAUAAAUUUUUACAUAUUUUUAAAAAAAGUACUAAGGAAAAGUUGCUGUAGACGUUAAGGUUAAGUUUUGAAAGCAAGGUACUUGUCAUGGCAUUUAAAAAAUUCAAUUAAGUGAUUACUUAUAUGUACUUGAGUACGUCAACCUUAUACAAACCAUCCAACCUGUAAACUUGUAACUACUUUCACCUGUUAAGAUAAGACUUGCUAAAAGUUGGUCUCUAUUUAAUUUUAAAUAAAGAAGCAGGAAUGUCAAUCCGAAUUGCUACUCUAAAGGCCGGGACAGAAGGGAUAUAUCUAUCCUGCAUCUAAUAAGAUAUUUCAAUGUUAGGUAAAGCUUUUUUUGAAAUAAACAUUUACCAGCUAAGAUUUACUUAUAUUAUGAGCAAUUUAAUUAAAACCUUGUAUUAAAACC